ACGGCUGAGGGAUUAAAGCCCUAAGAGGCUGUGACACAGCCAUCUCCAAAACCCCACUUUCUCCUUCCUUUGAGCCUCCGUACCAGCUGGGGCGUCCGGCAAGAUGUGAGUUGUCACUCUGCUGCGGCACAGACCUGAAUUAACAACUCUAGCUAGGGCUGACUUCAAAACGCACUUUCGUUUUUUAAUAACCAACAUCAGCUCAGCAGGCUUCAUUUGGGAAAAGAAACCUUGUCGGAUUACCCCGACAUUCUCCACCUCCUGGGAGGCCAGCCAUUCCCAAAUGCCCCAAGGAUGAAGAACGGAGACGGUAGACGCACCCUCUGAAGAUGGUGACUCCCUCCUGAGAAGCUGGACCCCUUGGUAAAAGACAAGGCCUUCUCCAAGAAGAAUAUGAAAGUGUUACUCAGACUUAUUUGUUUCAUAGCUCUACUGAUUUCUUCUCUGGAGGCUGAUAAAUGCAAGGAACGUGAAGAAAAAAUAAUUUUAGUGUCAUCUGCAAAUGAAAUUGAUGUUCGUCCCUGUCCUCUUAACCCAAAUGAACACAAAGGCACUAUAACUUGGUAUAAAGAUGACAGCAAGACACCUGUAUCUACAGAACAAGCCUCCAGGAUUCAUCAACACAAAGAGAAACUUUGGUUUGUUCCUGCUAAGGUGGAGGAUUCAGGACAUUACUAUUGCGUGGUAAGAAAUUCAUCUUACUGCCUCAGAAUUAAAAUAACUGCAAAAUUUGUGGAGAAUGAGCCUAACUUAUGUUAUAAUGCACAAGCCAUAUUUAAGCAGAAACUACCCGUUGCAGGAGACGGAGGACUUGUGUGCCCUUAUAUGGAGUUUUUUAAAAAUGAAAAUAAUGAGUUACCUAAAUUACAGUGGUAUAAGGAUUGCAAACCUCUACUUCUUGACAAUAUACACUUUAGUGGAGUCAAAGAUAGGCUCAUCGUGAUGAAUGUGGCUGAAAAGCAUAGAGGGAACUAUACUUGUCAUGCAUCCUACACAUACUUGGGCAAGCAAUAUCCUAUUACCCGGGUAAUAGAAUUUAUUACUCUAGAGGAAAACAAACCCACAAGGCCUGUGAUUGUGAGCCCAGCUAAUGAGACAAUGGAAGUAAACUUGGGAUCCCAGAUACAAUUGAUCUGUAAUGUCACCGGCCAGUUGAGUGACAUUGCUUACUGGAAGUGGAAUGGGUCAGUAAUUGAUGAAGAUGACCCAGUGCUAGGGGAAGACUAUUACAGUGUGGAAAAUCCUGCAAACAAAAGAAGGAGUACCCUCAUCACAGUGCUUAAUAUAUCGGAAAUUGAAAGUAGAUUUUAUAAACAUCCAUUUACCUGUUUUGCCAAGAAUACACAUGGUAUAGAUGCAGCGUAUAUCCAGUUAAUAUAUCCAGUCACUAAUUUCCAGAAGCACAUGAUUGGUAUAUGUGUCACGUUGACAGUCAUAAUUGUGUGUUCUGUUUUCAUCUAUAAAAUCUUCAAGAUUGACAUUGUGCUUUGGUACAGGGAUUCCUGCUAUGAUUUUCUCCCAAUAAAAGCUUCAGAUGGAAAGACCUAUGACGCAUAUAUACUGUAUCCAAAGACCGUUGGGGAAGGGUCUACCUCUGACUGUGAUAUUUUUGUGUUUAAAGUCUUGCCUGAGGUCUUGGAAAAACAGUGUGGAUAUAAGCUGUUCAUUUAUGGAAGGGAUGACUACGUUGGGGAAGACAUUGUUGAGGUCAUUAAUGAAAACGUAAAGAAAAGCAGAAGACUGAUUAUCAUUUUAGUCAGAGAAACAUCAGGCUUCAGCUGGCUGGGUGGUUCAUCUGAAGAGCAAAUAGCCAUGUAUAAUGCUCUUGUUCAGGAUGGAAUUAAAGUUGUCCUGCUUGAGCUGGAGAAAAUCCAAGACUAUGAGAAAAUGCCAGAAUCGAUUAAAUUCAUUAAGCAGAAACAUGGGGCUAUCCGCUGGUCAGGGGACUUUACACAGGGACCACAGUCUGCAAAGACAAGGUUCUGGAAGAAUGUCAGGUACCACAUGCCAGUCCAGCGACGGUCACCUUCAUCUAAACACCAGUUACUGUCACCAGCCACUAAGGAGAAACUGCAAAGAGAGGCUCACGUGCCUCUCGGGUAGCAUGGAGAAGUUGCCAAGAGUUCUUUAGGUGCCUCCUGUCUUAUGGCGUUGCAGGCCAGGUUGUGCCUCAUGCUGACUUGCAGAGUUCAUGGAAUGUAACUGUAUCAUCCUUUAUCCCUGAGGUCACCUGGAAUCAGAUUAAUAAGGGAAUAAGCCAUGACGUCAAUAGCAGGCCAGGGCACUUCAGAGUAGAGGGCUUGGGAAGAUCUUUUAAAAAGGCAGUAGGCCCGGUGUGGUGGCUCACGCCUAUAAUCCCAGCACUUUGGGAGGCUGAAGUGGGUGGAUCACCAGAGGUCAGGAGUUCGAGACCAGCCCAGCCAACAUGGCAAAACCCCAUCUCUACUAAAAAUACAAAAAUGAGCUAGGCAUGGUGGCGCACGCCUGUAAUCCCAGCUACACCUGAGGCUGAGGCAGGAGAAUUGCUUGAACCGGGGAGACGGAGGUUGCAGUGAGCCGAGUUCGGGCCACUGCACUCUAGCCUGGCAACAGAGCAAGACUCCGUCUCAAAAAAAGGGCAAUAAAUGCCCUCUCUGAAUGUUUGAACUGCCAAGAAAAGGCAUGGAGACAGCAAACUAGAAGAAAGGGCAAGAAGGAAAUAGCCACCGUCUACAGAUGGCUUUGUUAAGUCAUCCACAGCCCAAGGGCGGGGCUAUGCCUCGUCUGGGGACCCUGUAGAGUCACUGACCCUGGAGCAGCUCUCCUGAGAGGUGCUGCAGGCAAAGUGAGACUGACACCUCACUGAGGAAGGGAGACAUAUUCUUGGAGAACUUUCCAUCUGCUUGUAUUUUCCAUACACAUCCCCAGCCAGAAGUUAGUGUCCGAAGACCGAAUUUUAUUUUACAGAGCUUGAAAACUCACUUCAAUGAACAAAGGGAUUCUCCAGGAUUCCAAAGUUUUGAAGUCAUCUUAGCUUUCCACAGGAGGGAGAGAACUUAAAAAAGCAACAGUAGCAGGGAAUUGAUCCACUUCUUAAUGCUUUCCUCCCUGGCAUGACCAUCCUGUCCUUUGUUAUUAUCCUGCAUUUUACGUCUUUGGAGGGACAGCUCCCUAGUGGCUUCCUCCGUCUGCAAUGUCCCUUGCACAGCCCACACAUGAACCAUCCUUCCCAUGAUGCCGCUCUUCUGUCAUCCAGCUCCUGCUGAAGCACCUCCCGGGGGCUCCACCUGUUCAGGAGCUGAAGCCCAUGCUUUCCCACCAGCAUGUCACUCCCAGACCACCUCCCUGCCCUGUCCUCCAGCUUCCCCUCGCUGUCCCGCUGUGUGAAUUCCCAGGUUGGCCUGGUGGCCAUGUCACCUGCCCCCAGCACUCCUCUGUCUCUGCUCUUGCCUGCACCCUUCCUCCUCCUUUGCCUAGGAGGCCUUCUCGCAUUUUCUCUAGCUGAUCAGGAUUUUACCAAAAUUCAGAACAUCCUCCAAUUCCACAGUCUCCGGGAGACUUUCCCUAAGAGGCGACUUCCUCUCCAGCCUUCUCUCUCUGGUCAGGCCCACUGCAGAGAUGGCGGUGAGCACGUCAGGGAGGCUGGUCUCCCUCCAGCUGGAAUUGCUGCUCUCUGAGGGAGAGGCUGUGGUGGCUGUCUCUGUCCCUCACUGCCUUCCAGGAGCAAUUUGCACAUGUAACAUAGAUUUAUGUAAUGCUUUAUGUUAAAAAACAUUCCCCAAUUAUCUUAUUUAAUUUUUGCAAUUAUUCUAAUUUUAUAUAUAGAGAAAGUGACCUAUUUUUUAAAAAAAUCACACUCUAAGUUCUAUUGAACCUAGGACUUGAGCCUCCAUUUCUGGCUUCUAGUCUGGUGUUCUGAGUACUUGAUUUCAGGUCAAUAAUGGUCCCCCCUCACUCCACACUGGCACGUUUGUGAGAAGAAAUGACAUUUUGCUAGGAAGUGACCGAGUCUAGGAAUGCUUUUAUUCAAGACACCAAAUUCCAAACUUCUAAAUGUUGGAAUUUUCAAAAAUUGUGUUUAGAUUUUAUGAAAAACUCUUCUACUUUCAAUUCUUUCCCUAGAGGCAAACAUUUCUUAAAAUGUUUCAUUUCCAUUAAAAAUGAAAGCCAAAUUUAUAUGCCACUGAUUGCAGGACACAAGCACAGUUUUAAGAGUUGUAUGAACAUAGAGAGGACUUUUGGUUUUUAUAUUUCUUGUAUUUAAUAUGGGUGAACACCAACUUUUAUUUGGAAUAAUAAUUUUCCUCCUAAACAAAAACACAUUGAGUUUAAGUCUCUGACUCUUGCCUUUCCACCUGCUUUCUCCUGGGCCUGCUUUGCCUGCUUGAAGGAACAGUGCUGUUCUGGAGCUGCUGUUCCAACAGACAGGGCCUAGCUUUCAUUUGGCACACAGACUACAGCCAGAAGCCCAUGGAGCAGGGAUGUCACGUCCUGAAAAGCCUGUUAGAUGUUUUACAAAUUUAAUUUUGCAGAUUAUUUUAGUCUGUCAUCCAGAAAAUGUGUCAGCAUGCAUAGUGCCAAGAAAGCAAGCCAGUUUGGAAACUUAGGUUAGUGACAAAAUUGGCCAGAGAGUGGGGGUGAUGAUGACCAAGAAUUACAAGUAGAAUGGCAGCUGGAAUUUAAGGAGGGACAAGAAUCAAUGGAUAAGCGUGGGUGGAGGAGGAUCCAAACAGAAAAGUGCAAAGUCAUUCCCCAUCUUCUAAGGGUUGAAUUCUGGAGGAAGAAGACACAUUCCUAGUUCCCCGUGAACUUCCUUUGACUUAUUGUCCCCACUAAAACAAAACAAAAAACUUUUAAUGCCUUCCACAUUAAUUAGAUUUUCUUGCAGUUUUUAAUGGCAUUUUUAAAAAGAUGCCCUAAGUGUUGAAGAAGAGUUUGCAAAUGCAACAAAAUAUUUAAUUACCAGUUGUUAAAACUGGUUUAGCACAAUUUAUAUUUUCCCUCUCUUGCCUUUCUUAUUUGCAAUAAAAGGUAUUGAGCCAUUUUUUAAAUGACAUUUUUGAUAAAUUAUGUUUGUACUAGUUAAUGAUGAAGGAGUUUUUUAACCUGUUUAUAUAAUUUUGCAGCAGAAGCCAAAUUUUUUGUAUAUUAAAGCACCAAAUUCAUGUACAGCAUGCAUCACGGAUCAAUAGACUGUACUUAUUUUCCAAUAAAAUUUUCAAAUUUUGUACUGUUA